CGGCGCCUGGAUUUCUUUCCGCCUCUCGGGCCGGACGCGGUUUGGGUUGGGUUGUUUUGGGGAUCCUCUGUGAGUAGAUCCGCUGGGCUCAGCCGAACGGGCUCUGGUUCGCUGGUUCCUGCCUUAUACAGCUGUUUGUUCGUCCUGCUGCGCGGUGCUCCUCGGCGAAUCGAGCGGUUGUGCCGGGACCUGGCAUGGCGGGGCUGGGCCCCUGCGACUGAGCGCCGCUAUUGGGAAGGCCGGGCCGGACGGGCUGCGCCCUGCGGCGGGAGGCAGGAUAUUCCAGUCCAUGAUGUCCAUGAUGAGAUUCUCCAUGUCUGACAACAUCACACGCUCUCCUGCCCUGGUGACAGCGCUGGAUAAUGUGACAACUUUGUCUCCAACAACAGUACAUGCAAUCAAUGACACGAAUAUCACGGUGCCGCACAAGUGCCUGCUGUUGCUCUAUGAGGACAUUGGGAAGUCCAGAGUCCGCUACUGGGAUCUUUUGCUCCUGGUUCCCAAUGUGCUUUUCUUUAUGUUUCUUCUCUGGAAGCUGCCCUCUGCCAGGGCCAAAAUCCGGGUCACUUCCAGCCCAAUCUUCACUACAUUCUACAUACUAGUGUUUGUGGUGGCGUUAGUUGGUAUUGCCCGUGCUGUUGUCUCUAUGACAGUGAGUGCCUCUGAUGCUGCCACAGUUGCUGAUAAGAUCCUGUGGGAGAUCACAAGGUUCUUCCUUCUGGCCAUUGAGCUGAGCGUGGUGAUUCUAGGCCUUGCCUUUGGUCACCUGGAGAGCAAGUCGAGUGUGAAACGUGUUCUGGCAAUCACUACGGUGCUGUCUCUAGCAUAUUCAGUCACCCAGGGGACCUUGGAAAUCCUGUACCCUGAUGCUCACCUCUCAGCUGAAGAUUUCAAUAUCUAUGGCCAUGGAGGGAGACACUUCUGGCUUGCCAGCUCUUGUUUCUUCUUUCUGGUCUAUUCCUUUGUGGUGAUUCUCCCAAAAACUCCUCUUAAGGACCGGAUUUCUCUGCCCUCCAGGAAGAGUUUUUACGUUUAUGCUGGAAUCUUGGCAGUGCUGAAUCUGGUGCAGGGUCUGGGCAGUGCCCUUCUCUGUGUGGAUAUCAUAGAAGGACUCUGCUGUGUUGAUGCUACCACAUUCCUUUACUUCAGCUUCUUUGCACCUCUCAUCUACGUGGCGUUCCUGAAAGGCUUCUUUGGGUCUGAGCCGAAGAUCCUCUUCUCCUACAAAUGUCAGGUGGAUGAACCUGAAGAUGUGGAUGUGCACCUGCCCCAUGCUUAUGCUGUUGCCAAGAAGGAAGGAAUGGAUUCUGGGUUCUACUCAAGCACUCAGAUUGAUACCACAGCCUACCUGGAUGACGUGGCCUCCAUGCCGUAUCAUGUGGGCAGCAUCAACAGCAUAGACAGCGAUCGUUGGAAAGCCAUCAAUGCCUAAGGCAGGACUUCUCCCUGCACCCGAUGCCUCACUUUCCCUUUUAAACUCCCUGAUUCUGAGGAUGUUAAGAUAUCCACUGGAAAUAUGUUCAUCGCUAUCUGCUGUGGCUUUCCUCUUUUCCUUAGGAUUUCUGAAACCUAUUGUGGAACUAAGUUGGCAGCCUUUUUGGAAAGAGCAUUUCCCGUCACUGCCUGAGAACAAUCUAGAACAGUCCUGUUCAUAAACCUAUAAACACUGAACCUUCCUGAUUCUUCGUGUUCCAGAUGUGAAUGUGACCCAGAAGGACAGGCCUGACUGGUACCUCUUGCUUUUCAAUGACUGACAGCACUUAUCUGCCAACUAAGGGAAUGUCAUUUAGAAGCUGUUUAUUUGACUGUGUAUUCUACACAUAUGGAGAGAGUUUGGUGGUUUAAACCAAAGUUGGUGUUCCUGGGCUUUCUCAGGCAGCACAGUUGUCUGGAUCUUGUCACAACCACAGCAUAGGCGGCAAUAGCUGUGUCCAAAUGAUGAAGGUGCUCAGUUGGACUCACCUCUGGUUUCAGCUAAUGCUAAUGAAAGCUGUGAAUUCCAAAUGUUAGGAGUUAAAAGGAUUGUGUUCUGAGUGUGUAGGAAGGAAAAGAGAGGUGUGGAGAGAAAUGAGCUGUCCAGUGUAUCCUAGGGUUGUUCUGGGAGGCACAGGCUGGUAGCUUACAGCACUGUGAGCUGACAGAACUAUAGGGAGGCAGGACAGGCAGCUGCUGCCCAGCUAAGCUGAAGUAGUUGUGAAACAAUCUGGAGGCUGCGCUGCUGUUCAUCUGAGCUCGCAGGAACACCUCAAUCACAGCACUGAAGCAGGGUGGAGUUUCAAGAACACAGCUUGUACGGUAGGUGUAUGUUACAUUUGCACUGUGCUUCAUGGCUCUGUUGGGGUCAGGGAGAGGGCCGUGCAGGAAGAGGCUGUCUCUGCUUAUGAAGGCUUCAGAGAUGUUUAGAUGCCUGAAGCAGAGCAGAAGUUGAUGAAUCUGAGCUGGCAGUUUCUAGCGACUGGGAGCUCUCAAACACCACAGGCAUCUUAGGAUCGAAUUGGCUGAUGUUCUAGGCUGGGAGGUGGAUACUCUGGUACAGCUUCUGCGGUUGUGUCCUCUUCUGUUGCAGUUCAGAUCCCCCAGACUUCUACUGGCCAUAAUAGGCUUUUCAUCUUGAUACACUUAAAGUACUUACGGGCAUGUGAAGUGUGGUUCAUUUAAAAACUAUCUGGAAUUUCUUAGCCUCUUCCACACUGGAAUAGGGACUGUUGACAGAGCUGCUUGACGUGCAGUUCCAAGACAGUUUGUUCCAAUUCUGGGACUGUUAAGCUGAUAACUGCAAUAAACUGGUUUCUGAGACAGACUGUGCUUCCCCUGGCUUUGGGGAGGUCAGCUCUAGGGGAACCUACCCGAGUCAUUUGGUAGGUGGAGAUGUGCUGUAGGUGAUAGCAACUUCCCAUUAAAAGCAGUAGAAAGAGAGGAAAUAUGAAACAUUUCAGCACUGUGUAUCUCUUGCUCCAGCUGUUCCUGAAAAACAAUAUUGGGGUGAGAGCUCUUGGGGAAUCAUUGUGCAGCAUGGAGGUAUCAGUUUAGAAUCACAAGUGUGUGCAGGGAAAGCAUUUCCCACUUAGGGGAAGAAGCAGUUUGGGUAAGAACACAAAGUUCUGUCAGUUGCUGAAACUAUGCAGGCCCCUCACUUAUCUUCUUUUUGUUAAUGAGCAAUGCAGCCUCUCAGUUCUGCAGCCUGAGGACUUUGCCCUGCAGGCUCCUGGGUAGCAUUGAUACUAUUAGUAAUAUAUAUAGAGAGGAGUGUGCUGUGCUCCUCCCGUUGCUUGAUGUGAACCUGCAUCAGCCACAUUUUACUUGUCAAAGGGAUGGAUGAUGUGGUGUCCGAAUUGCUCCUGUUUUCACUCUGAUCCUUUGCAAGUGUGGGGGAAACCUGCAGAGCCUCCCUGGAGUCUGUUGGCCUUGGACAGGGCUGAAAGCUGAAUGUCUCAGCAGGUCACCUAUGCAGGUGGUCAGUGUGUCCACCCUGUCCUUUGGCAGCAGGACUUUAGUCUGUGUGCUGCUCCUGUGCUGGGCCAUGGGCCGACCUUCCUUCUGGUGUAUUUCUUUGUAUAUAAGGCUUUGGGCCGUGUUCACAACGGGCCUUGAGCAGAAGUGUUGUGUGUGUUGGGGGUGUGUGUGUGUAUAAAGAGCCUAAAUAUAGAAUAAAUGUAUAUUUUUGUUUGUAAAAUAAAAGAAUACGGUGAA